GAUUAAAGGAUUGAAGUUGGUGGGCAGAUAUAGAUCAUUGGAAGUUCUCAAUGAUUGGAAAAGUACUUGCAGAUCUGACUAGUUGGGCAGCGGAGAAUUGUGGAAAGAGAUUAAAAAAGUUGGAAAUAGCUGUUGAUGUUGUCAACUUCCAUCUAAAGGAUGAGCCCAAAUCUUGGGGAAUUAGCCGAUUUGGGAAUCCCCAGCUUAAUGAAUUUGUUACUGCUGUCAAUUCUAAUGACAACAGCCACAUCGAACACGUUCAACCUGGAGCUUCUAUUCGUGAAGUCCUAUUCAAGUCUAUUUUAAAAGAUCAUCCGCGUCACCCUAACGAGAAUAAUAAACAUAAAGAUGUUCCCAUCCGUUUUGGAAUAUCAGAUCUAGAUAUUAUACCCGUGGCGUAGGGCAACGGGAAAGUGGUGGCUCGUUGAUGCAAGUUUUCCUGCUUAAUCGUUCAUGUUUUUCCAGCGCUGAAUCAUUGUUAAUGUAUGUCUACGUUGCUGAAUUUGGUUAUGUUUGUGUGCAAAGCAUAUUAUAAUAUGAAAUUGCUCUACUUAGUUGUUAACGUUUUUAAUUCUGCUGCUUAAUCAUUGGUUAUGUAUCUGU